UGAAACGGUUGCAAGUGCCCGAAAAAGGUGAAGGUCACAAGAAGAUGGCCUUUUUGCAAUGGAGAAAGUUUAAUUUCUUUGACAAAGAGACUGUAAAGGAUCCAGAAACAAAUGAGACCUUCAACCAACUGAAGGAGGUGAAUGUGUCAGCGUGUGUCAGUGGUGGUGGUCAGCUGAUUGUCAGCGAUUAUGAAGGUAAAAUUUACUUCAUCUCAAGGUCUCUGCAAGUGAACUCGUUUGCGGCCUAUGACAUCAGAGUUUCACACCUGUACCAACUGAAACAGAGCCUCAGUAACCUGCUGAUUUCAGUCGGGGAAGAUGAACAAGGUGUUAAUCCUCUAAUCAAAGUUUGGAAUCUGGAUAAGAUGGAAAAAGGUGUACCCGUCUGCACUCGCAUCACACGGGCGAUACCAGCCAAUAAGCCUACUCCAGUCACCUGUGUAGCAGCGCAUGAAAACCUCAAUUGGAUGGCUGUAGGGUUUGAGAAUGGAACUGUCCUCUUGUUCAAAGGAGAUAUCAAAUCAGACAGACACAGCAAGCAGUCAAUUGUAUAUGAGGGCAAGUCAGCUGUCACUGGGCUCGCAUUUAAGUCAGCUGGCAAGAACAUCAUCCUGUUCGUAGCAACGGAGAGUGUUAUCUUGUCUAUUAAUGUUAGCGGCAAGGACAAAAUGCAAACCACCCUGGAUGAGUUUGGUUGCAAAAGGGGAUGUUCUGUGAUGAGCGACAUGAGCCAGGACAAUCAGUUUGUCAUUGCUAGGGAUGACGCGCUGUACUUCUACCAGCCGGAUGGCCGAGGCCCAUGCCUAGCUUUUGAAGGGGAAAAGUUUCAGCUACACUGGUUCAGGAACUACCUAGUCAUAGUCGGCAAAGAUGCAAAGCAGUUCCCCAAGGCACCCAUAAUCCGUGCUGGACAACCUAUUGAGCAGCACAUGGUGACCGUGUACGACAUCCAGAACAAGUUCAUAGCUUACUCUGCUCCAUACCCUGAAGUGAUCGACAUCAUCAGUGAGUGGGGGUCCCUCUACAUUCUCACGGGUGACCGCAAGCUUUUUCUGCUACUAGAAAAGGACACGCAGACAAAACUGGAGAUGUUGUUUAAGAAGAACAACUACACAUUGGCCAUUAGCCUGGCUAAGAGUCAGCAGUAUGACCAGGAAGGUCUUGUCGACAUCUUCACCCAGUACGGAGACCACCUGUACUUCAAGGGGGACCAUGAUGGAGCAAUCGACCAGUACAUCAAAACCAUUGGCAAACUGGAAGCCUCAUAUGUCAUCAGAAAGUUUCUGGAUGCCCAGCGUAUCCACAACCUGACAAAGUACCUGCAGGCCUUGCACACGGCCAAGAUGGCUACCGAGGAGCACACCACCCUGCUGCUCAACUGCUACACCAAGCUGAAGGACGUCUCCAAGCUGGAUGAGUUCAUCAUGACGAAGGAUCGAGAGAUAGACUUCGACAAGGAGACAGCCAUACGUGUGUGUCGCCAGGCAGGCUACUACAAGCACGCCCUCUUCCUUGCCAACAAACACAACCUCCAUGAGUGGUACCUAAAGAUACAGCUAGACGACAUUAAGGACUGCGGCAAGGCGCUGGAGUAUAUUGGGAAACUGGAAUUUGAAGAGGCAGAGAACAAUGUAAAGCGUUAUGGCAAGAUCCUAAUGGCAGAGCGACCAGACGAGACCACAGAGCUACUCAAACGCCUGUGUUCAGACUUCAAGCCUUCAGACAGGCCCCUGGUUGAUGCCGGUGACCUGGAAGGAGGGAAGGGGCAGCAGUCCACACAGAGGGCACCAGCAGAACAGUUCAUACACAUCUUUGUGAACAACUCUGCCAAACUAACAGAGUUCCUGGAGCAUAUGAUAUCACUCAAUUCCAAUUCUCCCAGCUUGUUAUACAACACACUACUGGAGCUGUAUCUACAUGAUCUUACACACCAGCCAAAGUCGGAGGAAAAAGAAGCCAAACAAAAGAAGACUAUAGAUCUUUUACGAAAUCCACAGGCAAACUAUGAUUUGGACCAGGCAUUGGUAUUGUGUCAAAUGAACAACUUCCAACUGGGCAUACUCUACUUGUAUGAAAAGGCCAGGCUGUACCAGCAAAUUCUAAGGUACCACAUGGACAAUGAUGCAUAUGAUCUCGUUAUCCAGACCUGCAACAGCUUUGGCAUGCAGGAUCCACAUCUAUGGGUGCAGGCACUGUCAUACUUUGCAAAGAAAGAAAACUUGAAACAGCAGCUUGGGGUGGUACUGCACAAUAUUGACAAGCGGAAUCUUUUACCUCCUCUGCUGGUGAUCCAGACGCUUGCUCACAGCCCGACAGCGACCCUUUCUGUGAUCAAGAAUUACAUCAUCCGCAAACUGCAGACGGAGAAUGACCAGAUAGCCGAGGACGAGCGCCUCAUCAAACAGUACCAGGAGGACACUGAGAAGAAGAGACAGCAGAUUGAGGAACUGAAAACCACGGCUAAAGUUUUCCAAAACACCAAAUGCAGCAUCUGCAACCAUCCAUUAGAACUUCCAUCAGUCCAUUUCCUCUGUGAACCACAUUCUUUUCACCAACAUUGCUUUGAGAAUUAUGCUGAAAAUGAGAAUGAGUGCCCAGUGUGCAUGCCAGAGAACAGGAAAAUCAUGGACAUCAUUCGAGCCCAAGAGCACGGUAGAGACCUGCAUGAGACAUUCCAUAACCAGCUGGAAAGGGCUCAGGACGGCUUCUCUGUGGUCGCUGACUACUUUGGGAGGGGAGUCUUCAAUAAGGUGACGCUUAUAACUGACUCACCAGGUCGCAUGUCCAGAAGUAUGUCGGGCAAGUGAAGUGCUGGAUAAAAGUGAAAAUAUCAAUAGAUAAGCUAAACAGGAACUUAUUUCACAGUAAUUAAGAAAAUGUGUCAUCCAUUUAUUAUGCUCCCCCAAAAUUUAUUUGGGGGGAGCAUAUAGUCGCUGCUUCGUCCGUCCGUCCUUCCGUCCGUCCGUGCACAAUUUUUGUCCAGGCUAUUUCUCAGCAACUAAUGACAGGAAUUGAAUGAAACUUUAUAGGAAGCUUCACUUUCAAGAGGAGAUGUGCAUUUUAUCAGCGGGUUCUGGUCGGAUGAUUUUUCAGAGUUAUGGCCCUUUGAAAUUUUCUAUAAACUGUACAUAUAGUGCAAUUCUUGUCUGGGCUAUUUCUCAGCAACUAAUGACCUGAAUUCAAUGAAACUUUAUGGGAAGCUUCACUACCAAGAGGAGAUGUGCAUAUUAUCAGCGGGUUCUGGUCGGAUGAUUUUUCACAGAGUUAUGGCCCUUUGAAAUUUUCUAUAAACUGUACAUAUUGUGCAAUUCUUGUCCGGGCUAUUUCUCAGCAACUAAUGACCGGAAUUCAAUGAAACUUUAUGGGAAGCUUCACUUCCAAGAGAAGAUGUGCAUAUUAUCAGCGGGUUCUGGUCGGAUGAUUUUUCACAGAGUUAUGGCCCUUUGAAAUUUUCUUUAAACUGUACAUAUAGUGCAAUUUUUGUCCGGGCUAUUUUUCAGCAACUAAUGACCGGAAUUCAAUGAAACUUUAUGGGAAGCUUCACUACCAAGAGGAGAUGUGCAUACUAUCAGCGGGUUCUGGUCGGAUGAUUUUUCACAGAGUUAUGGCCCUUUGAAAUUUUCUAUAAAAAAAUUCUUGUCCCCCCAACUACUGUGCCCUCAAGACGUUUCUUUUUAUCUGAAUAUAUAGUGCAAUAUUGUGACAAAAAAAAACUUUGAGGAGCAUCACCCGUCUCCGACGGUUUCUUGUGUUCAAUAAUGUUCUCAUUAAAUCAAAUGGAUUUUUACAAGGUAGAGAACAAUUUGACAAGCGAGCUAUAUUUUGUUUUUAUUUAUAUUUGAUACAAAUAGAUAUGACGGUUUGUCUUAAUUAUAUUGUGCAUCAUAUUUUGUUAAUUUGUAUGUCCAUUGUGCAAUAUUUCUUGCUAAAUAUACACAUGAUUCUUUA